AUGCGCAUGGUAUUGCAUUCCUUGCCUGUAAAAGUGGCCUACUUAAGGCAGUGGAGCUUUUGCUCAGAAAAAGGAGAGCUGAUCUCGAAUAGAUCGCUAAUCAGUUGAAAUUGAGCUCUGUGGGAACUGUGCAAGAGAUUAAGAGUCGCAUGGAAGGCCAACUCAACAACUGAGCUAAAGCAUGACGGUCUUUUGUCGAGUAAAGAAGAUACAGUUUUUCCCAAGAACGAUAGUCAACAGCCAUUUUUUGAAUCAAUGGUGUGCGUAGACAGCAACCUUUUGUAUGCAAGUCAGAAUUCUGCUGGUGAUCAACGCAAAAUUGUGCAGUUAAUCCUGCAGAGUGAUGGUGUUAGGCUCGAGUGUAAUGAAGAGUAUUCUACCGUGUCGUGUGUUGAAGACUGGGGAAAGGUAAACAGUAUAUGCAUAAAUGAUAUGCGCAUCUUCUUGUCUAAACGACAUGGUAUAAUUAGGAUAGAUUUGACAAAAAGACCAUUUCCUCAUUCUUGAUGCUUCAAACAAUCUCUGCAUUUCAACUAAAUUUGGACCUGAUCUGCUCCUCACCAAUCAGUUCAGUUUGGACGUUGUGAUGAACUGGAGAAGUAGAUCUUCUGAUAAAGAAGAGGGCUCCUUGGAUGGACCAUUGACAACAUGUUGUUUUAAGCAACUGAUGAGAGUCGCCACCGAGUUUGAAAGUGUAGUGUAUGUGUGUGAUGACCAAAAUCAACCAUUGCGCAAAGUUCCUUAUGGCAAUUGGCCCAAUCUACGAAGCUUUCUCUGUUCAUAA